UGACUGGGAACCAAGAGUCAAACAAUACCUUCUCUAAUACAAUUAUAUUUCUUGUUACCAGCAAUUUUGAGAACCACUACUAGGCACUAUUUUUAUAAAUGUUAAACUAAUGAAAUUAUUAAUAUGAAGCAAUUAACAUAUGGCCAAAGGAUCAAUUAUUUUUCAUAUGUGAAUCUUUUAAAUUUCCAUUUAUUUAGAAAUAUAUAAUCAAAAAUUUAUUUGGGUUAUUAUUAGGUUCCACAAAGAACAUCUAAAAUACUCAUAUUAAGGUAUUGUUGCAAGUGUUAUACUACAGUGAAAAAGGUUCAUAUUUCUUCAAAAAUUAUUCUUGGGACUUUAGUUUUGUCAGCUAUUUUAGGUUUAGGAUACUACUUUCCUUGCUUUAUUAGUCAACUUCUUAUGAGCCAGAAAAAAUUGAAUUUUGUGCAGUGUGUCUGUGGUUGAAAACGGCUAGAAGAAACUGUGCUUCCCAUGGAUUGUUUCUGGAGGGUGAGGCUCACAUAGUGAGCAAAAGGAAGCACCGCUGACUCCAUAAACAGGUUUUUUUUUUCUUUUUGUCGCUCCCAUCAGUCAUUUCAGGUGAACUCUGCUUCUUAUGAGAACCAUUUUCAUACAUUUGUAAUAGGUAAAUGAUAUAUUUGCUUUGUGUUAUUUCCAUAACCUCAGCUCUAUUCUUUCUAAAUUCCUUUUUAUAUUUACAUUUAAGUGUGAGUUUCUGUGUGAGUGUGUGCAUGUAUUACUCAGUGGGUCUCCACAUUUUCCCAACUGGUAAGAUCCUUUCACUUUCCUGCAGUCUGUUAACAUCCAAAACUACUAGAUAGAAUUAUGAACUUCCCAGAUGAGACACACUGUUUCUUUUCCCUUUUAGCUUUCAGUGAUUUCUUUCUUGUGUGUAUAGCAGGACUAGAGCAUGAAGUGUCUGCCUAAGCCUAAUCAAGCCCAAGGGAGUUUGUUCCCUUCAGGGCUUCAAGGUCUAGUGAGGGCUUAGACACUGAACCAGACUGGCAAAUGAUCCACAAAUACAUUCCUCCCUCUGGAGGAAAGGAUUUUGUAAGUUCCAGUGAAUAUACAUGAGUGCUCUUGUUACUACAUACAGUUUGUAACUACGGUGGGGUUAGGAUUUGUGGGUGCAUGAGACAAAUCUGAAUGCUGCUGGGGUAAAGGGCUGUGUUCUUGGUCGUGGGAUUGGUGAAAGGAGAAGUAUGAAGUAUGGCACAAGCCGUUGGAAGGCAGUCUUGGAGUGCUUACUAAUCUACGAUCAUUUGAGCAGGAGUGUCUAAAGCUGUGCCUUACUGAUAAAAAAGAUGAAAUGACAAAAAUUCCAAUAGAAGCAAUCUCAUAACUAUCAACAAGAAAAUGAGUUAGGACGAGAUAAUUAGAGAUCAUUGCCAUGUGCAUGGGUGUUCAGUGCUUAUAUCUGAUAAAUAUCUUCAGCAAUCCACACAAUACACCUGUUGUAAUUUCCUCUUACUGUUCCUAAUUAGUUAAAAUUUAUCCUUGAGAGCAGAGUAACUUGCAUUCAUAGGAUUUAGGGUUUAUUCCUUACUCUUAAUUCAAAAAAAAAUUAAUGAUCACAAAUCCACUUAAACCCAGUAAACCUGUAAAAAGUUUAUGACAAAGAUAUUUUUCACAAGUCAAAUGUUCUGCUUAAGGAAUCCUUGGAAUACAGGAAUGCAAAGCAAAUCAGGUAUUUGUGAUCAUCAUCUGAGUCAUGUGACUGAAUACCUAGAGAUUGCAGUGGGAGCCAGGCAAUAUGCCCACACCCCAUCACAAGCAUUUAACAACUUGGGCCCGAGAGCCCUGAACCCCAUGCAAGCAGGAAAUGGGCUGUGCAGGGCCAGGGUACCAAGGGCUACCACAGUGUCAGUUCACCAGAGGAAAGAGCUGAAGUGGUGUUGAUGAAAAAUACAGGAAGCAAUGGUCACUCAGGUGUCUUUAAACAGUGUAGGACUUUUAAACCUGGGCACUGUGGGGGUGGCUAUUUUAAAACUGGUCCUUGUGCUGUUGAUGAGCACAAAUGGUGGGCACAUGGCAUAGACAUGGAGCAACCCUACUUAUGUUAGAGAUCAUACAUGCCAAUCAAAGAAAUUCAGUCCUGGCAUGGCCAAGCAGUCUUGGGCAGGGGACAAGGGACUGGAUUUUUUUUUUUUAAAAAAAAGAGCCACAGUUUUCUCAGAGUAGUGGUUUAUGGAAGGCAGAGGUAGAAAGACUAGAAGUCAGUUUGGGCCACAGAGGGUGACAGCCUCAAAAUUCCAGGCAUUCUCAGCUGGAAUGAAAGUAGCUCUAGGCACAGGGGAGGAUAAGGAGGAGGAUUGCUUGAGUCCAGGAGCUUUUACCAACCUGGGGAACAUCUCAAGUUCCUUUGUCCAAAUAAAAAACAAAUAAGCCGAAAUGCAAAUAAGUAAAAAAAGAAUUAAUAAAUUAAUGAAUUAAUAAAACAAAAGACCUGGUGGCUCUCCACUGUGAUUCUAGGUUAAAGCAGGAGCAUCCAGAAUUUUCUUUAAGCCUGUCCUAAAGGAGUCCUUGUAUCAAAAAUCAGAUCAACCAACAAAUGAAAAAUUAUAUUGUCAAUGCUAAUUGUUGAGAAGUUUAAAUUAUACCUCAAUUUAAGGCAAGGGAAAGAUAUGGAUUCUAGGUGAAAAGUGAACAGAUUAACAUUUACAUAGGAAAAAUUUACAUUAAAUAUUGAUGAGGAAGAAAUAGGAAAAACAAAAAAGUUUGUCAGGGAAACACAUAACCAGAGCCAUGCACCUAAGAGAUUCCUUCCUGGAAGUGAAGUAUUCAAAACACCACAUCAUGGUGCACUUUUUAUUCUAAUGUUUCUAAGAAUUUAAAAAUUUUUUAGGUUUUUUUUUGACUUCUUGUUUUUUAUAGGGGGGGAUUUAGAGACAAAAGUUUCUCUUGUAAUAUCUUUGCCCUUGAACUUGCUCUGUAGACCAGACAGGGUUUGAACCGAUAGAGAUCUGACUGUGUCUGCCUCCUAAUCGCUGACAUUAAAUGUGUGGACUACCACAGCCCAGCAAAAUAUAUUUAUGGAGCACAGGCAAGUUUUAUUCAUAGACUUUAGGGGUUAUUCUUUACACUUGACUCUAUAAAUAUAUUUAAUGACCAAAAUUCAAUUUAAAAUAUGGUAUAGAUUUGAAAAUUUCAAGAUGAAGUAUGUUUAUUCAAUUGAUAUAUGCUAUUUUUCCCAAAGGGAGAUUGGAAUACAGGAAUCCAAAACCUAUAAAUUUCUAAUAAUUGUUUUCUGACUCUGUGGCUGGACAGCAUAGAGAUUAAGGGGAAGCCAUGGAGUAUGCCUACACAACACCUCAGGCACUUAGCUUAACAGCUUAGAGUUGAGAGCCUCUGAACAUCCAUGGACAAAGGGAAAGGGCUGCACAGGGACAUGUCACCAAAGGGCUAGCACAGUGUCAGUUACCCAGAGGAAAGGCUGAGGGCUGUAUUGGUGAAAACAUUUAGGAACCAGUGGACAAGGAUGUGUCAUUGGAAUGUACUGAUGUUUCAUAGAAACAGGCUCUGUGUGUGGGAGGGUGAUUAACAGAGUAUUAGCAUCAGGCAUAACUUAGAUCUGUCCGAUGACAAACUUUUUCUCAAGACAGUCCUUGAUGGGGUCAAACAGUCUUGGAAGAUGGAAAAGAAGGCAUCAGAAGCUGCCACUAUGGGCAACAAUAUUGUAGGCAAUCAAGAGGCAGAGGCAGAAGGUAGUCUGAGUUCAAUAUGGUAAAAAAAAAAACAGCCAUUCUCACCAGCAUCGUUAGUAUCUCUAAAUACAAGUAGGCUGAAGGGCAAGGAUUGGUUCAAGCUGAGCAGCUGUGGCCAACCUUCGCAACACAAUGAAGAUCUCCUGUACAAACACCAUUUUAAGCCAAAAAUACAAAACCAUCAUGGGUAAAUGAAGAAAAUAAAACACCAGACACAAUUAGACCCACCUACAAAUGAAGACUUGGGCAAGAGGUUCGAGAACUGAAGGUGAGCCUGACCUAGGCAGGCAAUCCACAUAUCAAAAAAACAGGUCUAUGAACAACAACAAUAAAAACUCUAUCAUCAAUGCUAAAGUGAUCAUAUGGAUCCUCAGUUUUUCAUAUUGUAAGCAAUGUGGUUAAACAUACAGCUGUCCAGGAGAGGGAAUCUGCAUCUCAACUGUUCAUUAGAACCAGAAAAUCAACUAUUCUGCUUUUACAUCAGGUCUCAGAGAGCAAAGCCCUUUAAGAAUAAAAUCUGCACCUGUAGCUAUCUCUGCAGGGACAGCUGUCUUCACUUUCUACAUCCCCCACUCUCACAUCCAGGCCAAGCACAGUAAACUGCACUGAGACUGGGGUAGGGAUGGAAAGUUCAAUGUUUUGUUUUACCUCACAGUGUCUUUUCAGGAAAUGACAGCCUGGAAGUCCUGUGUCCUUGGCUAGGUGAUUCAGACACACUAGAGGGUGCGGUAGUGUGGUAAAACAUUCUUGGGAGGGUGGCCUGGAUUUUAAAAAUAUGGCACUAUUUUCUCAGAGUAGUGGUUUAUGGGAGGAACACUAAGAGCCAUGGGGAGGCAGAGGUAGAAAGACUGGAAGGAAGUUUGGGCCACAGAGGGUGACAGCCUUAAAUCUCUGAUCAUUCUCAGCUGGAAUGAAAGUAGCCCUAGGUACAAAGGAGGCUAAGGUGUAAAAUUGCUUGAGUCCAGGGACUUUUCCAACCUGGGAAACAUAACCAGGUCCUUUGUCUAUGUAUAAUAAAACAAGUAAAAACUAAGUAAAUAAGUAAACAAAAUACAGUAUCUGUUGGUUCUCCAUUGUAAUCCUAGGCUCAAGCAAGAGCUUCCAGAAUUGGCUUUUAGCCAGGCCUAAAGAAAGAGUCCUCUUUGUAUCAAAAAUCAGAUCAAUCAACAACCAAAAAAUUGUAUUAUCAAUGAUAAAGUGAUCCAAAGAAUUCUCAAUAUUUCACACCAGAAGUAAUUUUGAUUAAAUUACAACUGCCAAGGAGCUGGGGUCUGUGAGGCUCCGAAGCUGAUUAGAUCUACAAAUUAUGUUCUGGGUGUUUACACAGGGACUCGACUCCUGAGAGCAAAAUCCUUUGGUGUAAUAUCUGGAUCUGUAGCUAAUUCAUUUGUCCCAGUGAUGUUCAGGAUCCCUACCUCACCAAAGAAGAGAUCAGUAAAUCCCCCCAAUGGAGAAGAAGGGAUGGAGAGAGUAAUGAUAAGGGGUUGGUUGGAAAGUAUAUGUGAGGCAUAAAGGGCCAAUAAAUCCUGUGAUGUUAGUCCCAGAGUGCUGACUAUUCUACUUUCAGCUCAGGUGAGAAAGUCUACGUUAUGCCUCAACAUAGGACAAGGUGGGUAUGGAUUCCAGGGAAAAGGUAAACAGCUACACAUUUACACAGGACAUUUUUACAUUAAAUAUUGAUGAAGAUCAGAAAAGGUUGUCAUGGAAACAGAUAACUAGAGCCAUGCUUCUGAGAGACUCCUUCAUAGAAGAGAAGAAUUCAAAACACUACAUUAUGUUGUACUUUUUACUUUUAUUUUUUUGUGAGAACUUAAUAGUUUUUUAAGGUUUUUAUUUUUUUUAAUUUUUGUCAUUUAGAGACAAGAGUUUCUCUGUGUAAUAAAUUGUCUGCCCUUAAACUUGCUCUGUAGCCCAGAAUGGUUUUGAACUGCCAGAGAUCUACCUGCCUCUGCCUCCUAUGGGGUGGGAUUGAAGGUAUGUGCUACCACAGCCCAAAAAAUACAUUUGUGGAGGGGUGAGAGGUUGCAUUUAUAAGAAUUUAGAGGGUAUUCCUUAGUAAUCAUGUGGAUCCUCAGUUUUUUGUAAGUAAUUUGGCUAAAUUUGCAGCACCUGUCAAAGACAGACCCUGCAUAUCAACUGCUCAUUAGAACUAGAAACUCAACUGUUCUGGGUUUACAUCAGACCUCAGAGAGGAAAGCUCUUAGGAAUAAAAUCUGCACCUGUAGCUAUCUCUGCAGGGACAGCUGUCUUCACUUUCUGCAUUCCCCCACUCUCACACACAGGCCAAGCACAGUAAACUGCACUGAGACUGGGGUAGGGAUGGAAAGUUUAAUGUUGAGUUUCACCUCACAUUGGCAUUUCAGGAAAUGACAGCAUGGAAGUCCAUAACCUCGGCUUUUAUGGAGUCCAUGGGAGGAUUUCAAAUAAACAUUCCAGUUGCUAGGCUCUGCCCAAAAGGCAGAUUGAAUUAAAGUUAUCAAGGAGGUAGAAUCUGCAUUGUCCACCAACCCAUAAGAUAUUGAAAUUUACAUCCUGGGUGUUUGCACAGGACCCAGCUCCUAAGAGCAAAUCCAUUGACUUAAAACCUCAACUUGUAGCUCAUUCCUUUGUCUCCAUGUCUUCUCUUUCUGCACCUUCAACUCUCUCAAGGAUGAUCAAAGUAAAACUGGGUAACUCCUUACUACUGUGAUAUGGAUGGAAAAAAUCCAAAGUUCAGCUUCCUCCUGUUGGACUUCAUGACUUGAGGACAUUCCUGAGUCCUUUUCUGGCUUAUUCAAUCGCCUUCUGCAUUCUAAGAAUUUGGGAGAAGGAGCUAAAGCAAGUCCUCUGGAUUUGAGCUCCAAGACACAGGGCGUGACCAACGAAGGGCUGGACUCUGAAGCCCUGCCCACUUCGUACUGAGCUUUCUAUAAGAAGACUCCAGAUUCUAAAGCUGAGGACUUUUCUCCCAGGCUGCCUUCAUCACGGUCCGUGCAGGUCUGCAGUCUGGCCUCCUGUUCCGUAGCUGCUUGGGUCUUGCACCUAGUCUCUGUCUGUAUUCAUAUCUGCCUACUAGAGGCUUAAACUCUCAGAACUGAAAAUCUAUCUCAGCAACAUGUUCUCCCAACCUGGAAGAGUUGAGAAUACUGAGGAGCCCCCGCAGGUUGUUCCAGAACCAAGUAAGGACCUAAGUGAAACUCUGGGGGAUUUUCAGCCAGAGCCCUGCACCCUUCAGACUACCCCUGUGGAGACCAGCCAGCUUGAGUCAGCUCGGAGCCAAGCAGUGCCUACCUGUGAUGAAACAGCCAUGACCUCUGAAUCCGGUAGGAGAGCCUCCACCCAGAAGUUAAGGGCACAACCCGGAAAAGACAUGGAUUUCCAACUUGGAGAGCCAAGUGAGGCUGUUGCUUUGAACCAGCAAGCUGUGUCUGUUGACCAGACUAAAAAAUCCCCAGCAGAUUCUCAGCAACUGAAACUCAACACCCAGACCUCCCUCCCUGGUUCUCAGAGAGCAGUCCCUGACAGCCAGGAGUCAGUCAUCAAAGAAUGCAGCCACCUUCAGAUCAAGGUUGGGAGGGAGUCUAUUGUGAUCCAGCAUCAUAGGACCAGCCAUUCUGAUAAUCGAGAUGCUCGGUCUGGUGGACAACGGGCAUCUUCUAAAGAGAGCCAUGUGAAGUCCCCCAGUGGUGACCAGACCAUUAAUGAGGAGGGCCAACAGAUGCCUGACACUGGAGACCAGACCUUCGACUCCAGUCCGAGGGUUUCUGGAAUGGGUGCAACAUCUGUGUGCUGCAAGAGAAUGAUGCCAUUUAUCAUGUAUGUCCCGGACCCCACUCUGCAUGGGUUGACCUUUGUAGAUGACACUACUGGGUGUACGUACAAAAUUCCAGAUAAUGCCUGUUGUAUCCAAGGUAAUCAGAAGAAAGCCCCUAAAGUAAAAAAGACUGUGUCUAAGCAUCAUGAGAGAGCCCACAGUAGUUCCCAGGGCAAAUCCUCUGGCCAGCUGGUAUCAUCUGCUCGUGGAAAUGUCUGCCCAGGUGAGAAGACCGCACCCAGUGAUGAUGGCAGCCAAGAAACUCAGGUGGUUUCGGGUGAAUCUUCAGUUCUGUCGCCUUCUCCCUCGGCCCCAAGACAACCUCCAGAAGGCAUUUCAGAUUCCCCUGAAUUCCAGAGAGAGGGUCCCCAGGAGAAGACAGACCCAGAGGACCAGAGCACUGUGCCCCAGAAGAAGCCCUGCAUUUGAAGCCCUCCCUAUUCCUGAACCUACCAAGAUUGUGGGACAUCAUACACAAGCCUUAUACCUCAGAGACCAUAAGACAUACACUGCGGAGCAGCCUUCAAAUGAAUAUAUUCCAGAUUGGAAGACCUCAAGCAGCAUUUGGGACUCCAUUCCUAACCAUUAUCCUGCACAGCAGCAUGACUGCCACAAAGAGUACCUUCUGUAACUAAAGUUUAUUUCUUUUGCCUACAAAGUUGAGAAGUCUACUAGAUGCUACUGUUUUUAAAUGCUAAUCUAAUAAAAACCAUUAAUGUGAA